GUUAUUAAAGUCUCUGCCACUCUUUUCCUGUCAGGCGGAGGCGAGGGUCGUAAUUUUGAAGGUUUUAUAGCCAGUAGUUUAGACUAAUAUAAUUGUUAUAUAAAAAUCUUCAAUUAGUGGUGUAUGCAGGUAAAGUGGUAAAGACAAGAUGUGGCCCUCAAUAUUGGACGUAGCCAAAAUGAAUCCAUUUGGAACACCGAUCAUGACAGCUAAAUGUCAGGGGCAGACCGAACUCACCCAAGCUCUUAUUAAAAAUCGUCACAUUGCCGCUGCUUCAGUUGCAUCGGGUGAUAGCUGUGAAUUUGGAUCAAAUAAAUAUUUUAUGCUGUGUGGUUUGGGUGGUAUUUUAUCAUGUGGUAUCACCCAUACCAUGGUCACUCCCUUGGAUUUAGUGAAAUGUCGUAUUCAAGUAGACCCUGCAAAGUACAAAUCAGUUUUCAAUGGGUUCCGAGUAACUUUGGCUGAAGAUGGAACUCGAGGUUUAGUUAAAGGAUGGGCUCCAACAUUCUUUGGUUACUCCAUUCAAGGAAUGUUCAAAUUUGGACUUUACGAAGUCUUUAAAGUAUAUUACUCAGCUCUUGCUGGAGAAGAAAUUUCAUAUGAAUAUAGGACAUCUUUAUAUUUAGUCUCUUCAGCAUCUGCAGAAUUUUUUGCUGACAUUGGUCUAGCUCCUCUUGAAGCUUCUAAAGUCAAGAUUCAAACUACACCAGGGUUUGCAAAUACUUUGAGAGAAGCUUUCCCAAAAAUAUAUGGAGAAGAAGGUCUUAGUGGUUUUUAUAAAGGACUGGUACCUUUGUGGCUUCGUCAGAUUCCAUAUACAAUGAUGAAGUUUGCUUGCUUUGAGCGUACGCUUGAACUCUUGUACAAGUAUGUAGUUCCUAAACCAAGGCAAGAAUGUACAAAGGGUGAACAAUUAGUUGUUACUUUUGCUGCGGGAUAUAUCGCUGGUGUAUUUUGUGCAAUUGUAUCCCAUCCUGCUGAUUCUGUUGUAUCGAAAUUGAAUCAAGAAAAAGAGGCAUCAGCUGUUGAUGUUUUGAGGAAACUUGGUUUUCGUGGUGUGUGGAAGGGUCUUGGUCCUCGAAUUAUUAUGAUCGGUACUUUAACAGCAGCACAAUGGUUCAUUUAUGAUGCAGUAAAAGUAUGGCUCCGUAUGCCGCGCCCACCACCACCAGAGAUGCCAGAAUCACUUAAGAAGAAGUACGGACUAGCUUAAUUAUCAAACAUCAAUGAUAUUUUUAAUUGAAUCAAUUACAGUUAGAAAAAAGAACAUAGAUAAAUUACAUUAUUUCUUCACAGUACAUUGUCGAACAAUGUUUUGCCAUACAUUUCAAGUAUUUAUUCUGUAAUACAGAUAU